AUGGCAAAAUCAAAAUCCCAAGUAGCAUCAGGAGAUAGAAUUAGCAACUUACCAGACUCACUGCUUCAACACAUACUCUCUCUUCUUAAUACUAAAGAAGCCAUUUCCACAAGCAUCUUAUCUAAGAGAUGGACUUCACUUUGGAUUGGAUUGCCCACUCUUGACCUCGACGCCAAAUCCUUUUGUCAUCGUCGUUUUGGAUCCUUCGAACGUUUCGUUGACAAAGUUCUCAUCUCCGAUAAUGAUUCCACAACCAUCAAGCUACUUCGUCUCAAUUGUGUUGAUUAUUACUAUCUAGACGAUCGUAAGAUUGAUGGUUGGUUAAAAGCAGCUAUAAAUCGCAAAGUCGAGCAAAUAGAGCUAAGUGUUCCGUACUUGUUUCAAAUUAGUGUUCCUUCUAACAUAUUUGUCUGCAGUGCCAUUAGGGUUUUGAAAUUGCAUGAGGUACGUAUAGAUACUCCUCUCUUGGUUAAUUUGCCUUCCCUUAAAGUCUUGCAUUUGGAACGCGUUCGGUUUGAAGAUUAUAAAUGUGUUGUAAAGAUCUUUUCUGGAUGUGCCAAUGUUGAAGAACUGGUACUUAAACAUAUUGUUGUGCAUGAUCUUGAGUUCACAAACUACAGACUUCUUGGAAAUUUGCUCAGACCAAAUGUUCCAUCUUUUCUGGGCACAUUGAAGAAAUUCCUGGUGGAUUUCAAGGGAAAAGAAAGUGAGUUUAAGGUUGCGAUGUUUAUUCUCAACAAUGCAAGAGAUUUGAGGACCAUUUCCAUCACUAGUUUGAAAAGCCAAAUGUUCGAAAAUAUAUCCUUAUGCGUCAGAAAUAAUAACUCUCAGUAUCAGAAAUUUAUGUUGGAUUUUGUACUGUUGCUAUUAGAUUCAUAG